AUGGCCGUCUUCUUGGUGCUCACAGGUAUGGGAGCUGUAGGUUUCUUGUUAUCAUUUUUCACCCAAGAACUCAGUCCUGAAAAUGACGAAGUAGGAAGGCAAGGAUUUGAAAGUAACUGA